AUGCUCAGAGGAUACAGCAAUCUUCUACCCAACCGAAGUCUUCAUGACGACCAAUGGCUAGCUGCCCAUAUACUCAAGGAUACCCCAGCUGCGUUGACGGCCUGGAACGAGAAACAGUUCAAAAACGACGAGAAGAACUACCUGACUCAAGAACAAUGGUUUAGAAGGUACUCCAUUUCAUCUUUCAAGUAUGACGGGCCGUCGUAUCUCUGGGCCUCACGAGAACUCAAGCUCUGCACCUUACAGGAGGUAGCCAACGUGCAAGACGCACAGCUUUUUGUUCCAGCGAACAGUCUUGCCGGUGGUAUCUUCAUGGGAACUCUCGAAAACGGCAAAGAGGAUAUUCGUGGAGGAGCUCAAGUCAACUUCGCCGUUCAGCAAUGGGGCGAAGGGGAUAAUCCUUGGGUUAUCCUUCAAAGCUCUGUGGAUGACGCGCAUGGCGUAUGGGCUGCUCAGAAGAUGUUCCUGGGAGACGACAAAGAGUCAGCCCGUUGUCAACUCUUUUCCGAGAGAACCUUUAACGCUCUGCAGAUGGUUGACUUUUGGAAUCCGAUUUAUUCCUGGAGACGUCUCAAGUUGAUGCAGUACAUUCCCGUCGAGGCCGAACUGUUGAAUACGCCAACGACAGACCCAACGACCGGUGAAUCCGUGUACAGUUAUAGUCUUGAGGAAAAUUUCAUCGAUGCUGUCAGGAAGAGAAUGGCUGACGAAGGGGAUCUGGAGAAGCUUCAAGACGAAUGGCCAGAGGCUGAGUUCUUGUGCAACUUGGAGAAGCCUCUCAUUGAGCAUCAAAUUCGGAUUUCCAACUAUACCAACAAAGUGGCAGAGAACUUGAACGAGGCGACCUGGAUUCUGGAGUACUUGAAGCUUGCCGAGUCUCGACGACGCAUGUUUCGUCCGAUGCCAAUGAACUUUUUCGGCAGCAAUAUUCCAUACUGCCUGGCUAUGCCGUUCAACGAUCCAUGGCUGGAGAUGACUGAACAGGCUUCCGUACGACAAAUUCCUCAGCGGGGUGUUGACGUGUUGAAGGCCUGGUUGGGAUCACUGGCUGGUAGUGAUCCAAAGGUUAUCCCUAACCAGAGUCUCGGGGAUCUCAACAAACUCAUUAGCGACAAUGCCGAAAGCGGCACGGAUGGUUUGCCGGUUAAACUUUUGCCCAGACCGUCGACGAUGCGAAUGGCUUGUCAGCGUUACAUUGCGGUAUCGAAUCCUGAGACGUCAGAACGGCCUCACAGUUGCCCUUUCAUGACGGGAGAACACCUAGCCUCUAUGCACACAUCAGUGGGAGCUUAG